AAAUAAUCGAAAAAGAACGUAAGGGGAUAAUCGAAGAUCGUGAAUACUGAAAAAUAUAAUUAAAAAUAAAAGUAAACCUGAAUUAAAUACUAGUAUACGAAGGGUAUGUGUGUAGAUUGAAAUAAUUGGAAUGUGUACGACGUAUAACUCAACUUGACUACAGCCAACUACAACAAACAAGAAAUACAAGGGUUGAAUUGGUUGGUAGAUACAAAUUUAUUGUUUUCUUUUUAUUUUAUUUUUUGUUUUACAUAAAAAACUAAACGCAGUAACCACGAUGUCGUCGACAGUGGGACAAGAAAAAAAGACUGAUUGGGCAAGCAUCGAUUCCGAUGAAGAAGUCGAACGUAUUAGCGAAAAUAUCAAUAAACUCCAAACUUCAGAAAAUGCGCCAAAAGAAGAGGCCACUGGCGAUUUGAGCAGUCGUCUUGGUCCCAAGGUAGGCGAGGAGCCCGAAGGACAAGCCAAGCCCGAAACUAAGGACGAAAAGGAGAAUGCUACUAAAAAUGAAGAAGAAAACGAAAAAGUUAAGGCAGAGGAAGAAUCGAAUUUGAUCCAAAACAAGAAUGAAGUACGCGUUAAGCUUGCUGAUUUGCAAGCUGACCCAAAUUCUCCUCUUUAUUCUGUCAAGAGUUUUGAAGAGUUGAAUUUGAAGCCAGAAUUAUUAAAAGGUGUCUAUUCUAUGAAAUUUCAGAAACCAUCGAAAAUCCAAGAAAAAGCACUGCCCCUCCUGCUUGCCGAUCCUCCUCGUAACAUGAUCGGUCAAUCCCAAUCCGGUACUGGUAAGACUGCUGCAUUUGCUUUAACAAUGCUUUCACGUGUCGAUACCACAGUCGCCAAACCUCAGGCCAUCUGUUUGGCUCCUUCUCGAGAGCUUGCUCGUCAAAUCAUGGAUGUCGUAGAAGAAAUGGGGAAGUAUACUGGAGUUCAAACUGCCUUUGCUAUUAAAGAUGCUGUUCCCAAAGGUCAGGUUCUAAACGCUCAAAUUGUUAUUGGUACCCCUGGUACAGUCAUGGAUCUUGCUAAGAGAAGACAAUUGGAUCUUAAACACAUUCGCGCUUUCGUAUUGGAUGAAGCCGAUAACAUGUUAGAUCAACAAGGUCUGGCUGACCAGUCAAUGCGUGUUAAGCGUUUAUUACCCAAAAAUACUCAGGUAGUCUUAUUUAGUGCUACCUUUUCGGAGCAGGUUGGAGAAUUUGCCAAACACUUUGCUCCGAACGCAGACGAAAUUCGUCUUAAAACUGAAGAACUUAGUGUCGAUGGAAUUCGGCAGUUGUAUAUGGAUUGCCAGAGUGAACAGCACAAGUAUGAGGUGCUCGUAGAGUUAUAUGGUCUUUUGACCAUUGGUCAGUCUAUUAUCUUUUGUCGAAAGAAAGAUACUGCUGAGGAGAUUGCUCGUCGUAUGGUCCAAGAUGGACAUACCGUUUCUUGCUUAACUGGUAACUUGGAUGGUACUCAACGUGAUCAUAUUAUGGAUUCCUUCCGCGCUGGUACUUCUAAGGUGUUGAUUACUACGAACGUUAUUGCCCGUGGUAUUGACGUUCUUCAAGUCAACAUGGUUGUCAACUACGAUAUGCCUUUAGAUUCUGCAGGCAAGCCAGAUCCCCAGACUUACCUUCACCGUAUCGGUCGUACUGGUCGAUUUGGCCGCGUGGGUGUCAGUAUCAAUUUCGUUCAUGAUGAAAAGAGCUGGCGAGAAAUGAAGACAAUUGAGGACUACUUUGGUCGGGCCAUAACACGUGUUCCUACGGAUGAUUAUGAAGAACUUGAAAAAGUCGUCAAGAAUGCGCUUAAAAUGUAGAUGAGAGGUAGUAUAGAUAAAAUGGUUUCUAGGUCUUCAGAUAUUUAAAUAUAUUAAUUAGCGUGGACAAAUAUUUCGUUGACAGUUUCACAAUAAUAUCUACGUAAAUCGAAUACCUGAAAAUGUACUUGAAGA